AUGGCUGCUCUCGCUUGGCUGAUCGUCGCCGUAGUUGGUCUCUGCAUCAUCAGCAGUGACGCGGCGGUUGCGACGUCGGCGUCGUCGACGGACGCGUACUCGUUCCCAGACCACUCCUGCGGCGUGAUUCCGGUGGACCCAUCGAGCCCGUUGGGCCAGGCGAGGAAAGGGAUCCUGGUCAACGUGGUCAACGUCCACAACUCCCAUCCCGGCGAGUUCUCGACGUGCAUCAACGUGAACAGCUUGUUGUGGGCUCGGGCUGCCUGCCCCGACCCGACCUCGGCCUCGUGCCCGGCCUGCCUCGGCGAGGCUCAGGCUUUCUUGGACCAGAACUGCAUGUACUUUGACGAGGGAAGGGUUCAAGAGAAUGGUAUGACUUGUAACAUGGCGUUCGGUGAUAAAAGUGUUUGUGAUUAA